AUGAGUGUUCAGCUCGCUCAUGCUGCUCCUCCUAGCUCAUGCUGCUCUGACACCAGCGAGCUGAACAUGCGGUUUCACGCUCCCCCACCUAGCAUCCCUGCACCUGUCUUCUCUGCCUACUCUACCCCCCUGUACCUCCCUCCCUACCUACCCCCUUCCCUGCACCACCUCCCAUCCCUGCAUCCAAUCGGCGGAGACAUCAUUCACCAGGUCUCCUCCUUCCACUCCGCCCCCCUCUCCGCCCUCUCUUGGUCCUCCCUGCACAUCUCCCCCUCCUCCACCACUGCUGCUCCCAGUGUCAACCUUGCUACCACCGCCGCUGCCACCAGUACCUCCCCUCCAAUCUCCCCGUCCUCCCUCCUUGCCAACCUCCCCUCCCUCUCCCACUCCUCCUCUUCCUCCCCUGCCCCGCUCAAUCACUCCACCCCCUCCCCGCCUUUCCCCCACGGCCCCUACCACGACCUCACUCAUACCUACCUCCCCCGGACCCCACCGGCCUCUUUCCUUCCCUCCGCCUCCUCCCUCUCCGCGGCCGCUGACUCAGCUGCUGACGUGGAUGGGGCCCGUGUGCCCGAGGAUGAGCGGUGGUGGAUGCACAUGCCAGCUGGCAAAGGGAGAGGGGAAGGGGGAAAGGAAGGGGGUGGAGGGGGAGGGGGAGGAGGAGAGGGAGAGGGAGGGGAGGAGGAGAGGAGUAUGCUGUGUGUGUUAGUGAGUGUGGAUGUGGUGGGGUGUGUGGUGGUGAGUGCGUUCGGCAUCUUCCCACUCAUCAAGCUGGACAUCACAAACCGGAUGCCAGCUGCAGGUCCCACGAGCGAAGGGCACAGCGGGCGUCCAAGUGGAACUCCUGUGAAGGCUUUGCUGACAUCUGAUCUCGCCCACCUCAUUGUCGUCACGGCCAGCAGCAGCAGCAGCAGCAGCAGCAGCAGCAGCAGGGAGGGGAAGCAACUGCGGCAGGGCGAAGCUGGCUGUGAGCUGGCACUGUUUCACACCCCCAUGAUGAGAGACAGCCCCUGGGAGGUGUUGGCAGUGGCAACGCACGGGGCAGCGCUGACAGGGCUCAUGGAGUCCGUGUCAGCAGCUGCCGCUGCCAUGCACGGCCAAUGGGAGGCCGCCAGCUGUCAGUGGCGGGAGAAGGUGCAGGCGCUGCAGCGACUGCUGGAGGAGAACGACUGCCACUCAGACCCGCGCUCAGAGCUCCUGUACAUGCUGGCGACCGGGGCUGCCAGCACGGAUUUCAACAGCUUCUUCACAGACACUCUCGCAGGCGAAGCGGGAGUGAAGCGGCUGGCACGGACAAUAGAAACAGCAGGGAACGCACUACAUGCUCUACUCACACUGCACCUCAUGCCCGCUCUGGAAGAAACCCUCUUCCGCCUCUCCUCCCUGCAAUCUCUCGCCGCUACAGCUGCUGCUGCCUCUGCUGGUGCUACAGCUUCAGCUACUGCUGCAGGUGCCACUGCUGGUUCUCCAGGGACAGUCAGCCCGUUUGAGGCUCUCGGACUUAUACACUGCAUGGGCGAUGCUGGCAGUAGUGAAGCUGAUAGGGGUGUUGAUAGUGGUGCUAGUGGCAGUGCAGGUGGGCUACUACAGAGGGCAAUAGAGGAGGUGAAGGUUGCGAUGGUGUGGAGCGAGCGCGUGGUGCGGCUGCUGGCGGUGGUGCUGCCGCAGUUUGCGGCCUUCUUUGUAUGGCUGCUGCGCUGCAUCCGGGCGGCGAACGAGGAUGAGGACGAGGGUGUCAGGCCGGGCGGCAAUUCUGCGAGCAGCCAGGCACUGCUGGUCAACACGGCAGUGGUGGCGGACUUUCUGCACCACCACUUCGACCGCGAUCCCAUCAAGGCGCACCUGCAAACAUGUGCCCCAGAUGCCACCUCCCCAGGCGCCAGGGUACCGCCUCCGCCCAUGUUCGCUGGCAUCACGAGUGGCACUCACGAGGAUGGGGAUGCGCUUCUAAGGGAGGUCGUCUGUGACCUAGCUGGAAUCACCAACCCAGCAGCCGUGCACAACCAGGGAGGCAACUCUCUCCGCCAGCAGAUGGACCGAGUGCAACACAGUUGUGAAGCAGUGCUAUCAGCCACGGCAGCCAGCUUCACUGCCCGUGCUGUGCUCGCCCUGCCCUCUCUGCCUCUGCCUGCUGUGCCCACCGUGCAUCUUCUGACUCCGAGCCAACAAAUUUCCGCCCAACAGAUUGCCGCCCAGCGGAGAACACCUGCUCAAGCACAAGCUAAACAUGCAGCAGCAGCAGCAACAGCCGCCAUGCCUGUUCGAGCGCCAAUCACCAUCUGCUGCCCCCAACCCUCCUCGCUGAUCAAUUCUGCUAAAGCUACCAGCACCCCUCACCACCGCCUCCCACCACCCGCCAAGUGCGUCAUUGCGCUUCCCCUCCCGUCCUCCACCUCUGUUAGCAGCAGCAGCAGCAGCAGCCAAGUGUUGGUGCUACGAGUGCCUUUGUCCUCUGCAAAACAUCCUGCAACUUCCCGUGCAUCAGCAGCAUCAGCAAUCAAACCAGGCGCGGAAGUGACAGCAGUGGCAGGAGCAGCAGGGGUGGUGGAGGCAGCGGUGGUGGAUGUGGGGCAUGGGAUGGCAGUCACAGACAUUGCAAUGUAUAAGGACCACCACAUCGCACUGUUGCUCACUGCUGCUGCUGCCACUAAAGCAGGCAGCGCAGCAGCAGGGGCGAUGCAGCAGCAAGCCGGGGAGCAGCAGCAGCAGCAGGGAAGGCUGGUGGUGUGUCCAAUAGAGGGAGUGACAUUCACAGGAAUUCAGCUGGGUCAAGGAGACGCACUCCUGCAGCACCUACCGCCCUCCCAACCGCUUCCCUCGGAGGGCCUUAGGGAACGCCCUCUCACCUUUGUGCGCCCCCUUGCCCCGCUUGCUGCCAGCUCUGCGCUCUUCAUUGCUCAGGGGAGGGUCUUGAAUCUGGACCUUCAUGAGGCUGCCCGGGGCCUUGCUGUGGUGUUUGGGGCUCAGCGGAGGGUGUUGGUACUGGACCUUGAGAAGGAGGAAGAGGAGGAGGAAGAGGAGGUUUGA